UACAUAUCAAGUAGACUAUUCCAUUUUAUUCAAGAUGGCGGCGCCCGUCCGAAAGUGAGCGUCUGCACGUUGCUGCGGGUUUUGUUGUCCUUUAACAAGUAAAAUCUAUCACCAAGACCUCCCGAUCGGACAAGAUGCAAGUCUCUACUCCAAAUAAUGUCAAAAUCUACAACUUGAUCGCAGGGAAGACCCUACCUGAGUGGUUAACAGACAGGAAGAAGAGAGAUCUCCAGAAGAAAGAUGCAGACAUCCAAAGAAGAAUACAGCUCAUUCAGGACUUUGAGAUGCCGGCAGUCAGUAACUGUAUCAGGAGCUCCAGGGAUGGACAGUACCUCAUGGUUACAGGAACCUACAAACCCAGAGUGAGGUGCUAUGAGGUUGCUCAGAUGUCCAUGAAAUUUGAGAGAGGCCUGGAUGCAGAAGUGGUCACUUUUGACAUUUUGUCAGAAGACUAUUCAAAGGUAGUGUUCCUCCACUGUGACAGAUAUGUGGAGUUCCAUGCUCAGUACGGCAGGUAUUACAGGACCAGGAUACCCAAAGUUGGGAGAGAUUUCUCCUUCCACUCACCUUCAUGUGACCUCUACUUUGUUGGAGCAAG